AAUACGGAGCUAGAGGCCCGAGUAACAAACUGCCAGAAAGAACUGGACGACGAAAGAAAGAAAGCAGAGCUAUUGGAGAAGAGAUUUAUGGAUUUAGCUGCCAACAAUCAAGCAAUUAUUGCUUUCAUGGACGAGUACAAAAAUCAGAAUGCCCAGUUAAAGCUGGAAAACGAACAGCUGCAGUCAGAAAAUGACACGCUCUUCUCCCAAAAUUUACAAGAUAAAGAAAUGUUUGUUCAAAAACUGAUGCAAGACAUCAAACAGCUGACAGAGAAAUACACAAACAAGGAAAAGGAAUAUCGGGAGAAAUUAGCUGGAUGCCAGUCAAAAUUCCUGGAACAAACAACCCAGCAUCAAGCCAAGAACACAUUGCUACUUAAUCAAUUGCAUGAAGCUCAACAACAACAAAAAGAUGCUGCAGAGAUGUGCAACGACCUUAAGUUGAAGCUACAAAGGGCUGAAGAAGAGCAUGCUUUGAAGGAAACCAACAUGCGAGAAAGCAUUUCAAGCCUCAUCCAGGAGAAGGACAAAUUAUUGUGUCUGUCUAUGGAAAGAGGGAAAGUAAUACAGGAGAAACAAGAGGAAAUCCAGCAACUGGAGAUGAAAUGGAAAAAAGACAAAAAAGCCCGGGCUAAAGCAGAGGACAGGUUUGAAAAGGAAGCAGAAGCUGUCAAUGCAGACGUCAAGGUGAAGUCUCUCCAGUCUGCUCUUGAUGAAUCCACAACAAAAUAUGGGAAGCUGAAAAAGGAUUUUGAAGCCUUCAAAGAACACAGCACCAACCUCCUUAUUCAAGAAAGGGAGUUAAAUAAGAAGCUUCGACACAUGAUUGGCUAAUUUUAAGCAUUAUGUAAGUGUUAUGUUCUCUUACCAAUGUUUUUAUUAAAACAAAGCAUAUCGCUAAGAAUGUAUGAAUUUUCACAGUCCCAGACAAAUUGAACUACAAUACAACAUACUUAGCAUGACAUGUUAGAAGUUCCUUAAAUAGAAAUUACACUGUAUACAUGUUAAUCUCAUAAAAACCUUAAGAAUGCUCCUCUGCCAGUUUCUGAGCCUUUUGGAUUACUUCUUCAAUGGGGCCCACCAUGUAGAAAGCUUGCUCAGACAGGGC